AUGACGGCAACCAAGCUUUUAAGGACGUCCAUGAGCGUCCUCUGGCGUCCACGCCAGGUUAGGACGAGUUCAGGCACUUCUAGUAUCUACAACCUCGCCACUCGACGAGCAGCACACUCCAGCUCCAAGCCAUCAUGGGCUGCGGUACCGCGGCGUCCGGUGCUACAUACACAGCAGAUACGGGGAGGGAUAUUAGGCGGUGCGGACAGUCGACGAACAAUUUUCAUCCAGACAGAGCCUACGCCAAACGCGGAUGCUCUAAAGUUCCUACCAAACCACCGCGUGCUGCCCGAAGAUAUCUCAACUCCAUACAUCGAGUAUCUUAACCCGCGCUCAACGAUCGCACCGCCUUAUCCGUCGCCGUUGGCCGCACAGCUUAUGAACAUUGACGGUGUGCAGUCCGUCUUCUACGGCGCCGACUUCAUCACUGUGACGAAGGCUUCUGACGCGAACUGGGCGCACAUCCGACCCGAGAUAUUCUCCCUGAUUACGGAAGCCAUCACCUCGGGACAGAAGAUUGUCAACGUUGUGGAGCGCAGCGAUACGUCCGCGGAAGAUGGCCAGGAGACGAGUGGCGAGGUGGACAGCCUGAGCUACAACGAGAACGACAGUGAAGUCGUGGGGAUGAUCAAGGAGCUACUGGAGACGCGGAUUAGGCCUGCCAUCCAAGAGGAUGGUGGUGAUAUCGAGUUCCGGGGGUUCGAGAAUGGCAAUGUCCUACUUAAGCUCCGUGGCGCCUGCCGGACCUGUGACUCUAGCACUGUUACGCUCAAGAAUGGCAUUGAGGGUAUGCUGAUGCACUAUAUCGAGGAAGUCCAAGGAGUUAUCCAGGUUAUGGACCCGGAGGAAGAGAUUGCCGCCAAAGAGUUUGCAAAGUUUGAGGAGAAGCUGCGUGCUCAAAAGGGCGAGGCUCCCCCUUCAACUGUUGGCAAGGGGUCGUUGGACACAGUUCCGGGCUGA